AUGGUGUAUCGGCCAUUCAAACACCCCGGCGCUGAUGACGAGCCUAUGAUUGCAGUAACCUACAAAGGGGAGGAGAAACAGUUCUAUGCUCAGGAGAUUUCCUCAAUGCUGCUUACCAAGAUGAAGGAUGCUACUACCAAGAAUGCUGAUUUUCGACUUUGGUGGUGGCACGGUAAUGUGUAUGUGGCCACGACUAGGAGAAAUGGCAUUGAAGUGAAGGCUGUUGCCGGGGAGGCUCAUCUUGGAGGGCAGGACAUUGACAACAGGAUGGUGGAUUACUUUGUGAAGGAGUUUAAAAGCAAGAUCGGAAAUGCUUAUGAUGCGAAGGUGGAUAAGUAUAGUGUGGAUGAGGUGGUGCUGUUGCUGGUCAAGUGGGAUUCACAAGGUGCAACAGAUGUUGAAGGAGUUUUUCGACGGAAAAGAGUUGUUCAAAACCUCUCAUUUAGUGGCAUAUGGUGCUGCAGUUGUAGCUGCCAAGUUGAAUGGGGAAGGCAACAGAAGGCAACAAACAACAACAACAAAAACCCCAAUUAA